GCUGAAUAUUUAUCAGAAAGCAACAAUGAUGCAGGUCACCAUGUAGAUGCCAAGGAAGAACUCCUGGAUGAAUGUGAGAGUAUUUGGAAGCAGAUGGAAGAGUGUCACAGCAAGCUGAUGCAUUCAGGAGAGGAAACAAUGCUAAAAACGGAUUCCAAGCUUUCCAUGUUAACGAUGCAAGUGCGAGCUUUAGCAGCAGAGUGUAGUCAAUGGCAAAAAAGAAGUCCUGAAAUAAUUUCUGCCAAUCCAGAUGUACUGUUAGCAUUAGGAAAAGAAGAGUUGCAGAAUGUAGCAAAUGAUCUUGACAUGGUGCUGUCAACAAUUCAGUCAAGGGAUAAACAACUGGAAGAAGAUCUGAAGAGAGAACAGCAGUGGUGUGACGAACAGGAGCAGAUACUACAUGUUCUUAAUAGAGUUGAAGAAGAGACAAAAACCCAAGUUGAACAAUGUUUCAGAAAAAGAGAACUGCAUGAACUGAACAAUAAAAUGUCGAAAAUAAAGGUAUAUAAGGAAGAACUCUUGAACGCUCUGGGUGAAUUCCUAGAAGAACAUUUUGCCCUUCCAGAGGAAGGUGGAAGUGCUAAAAAGAAGAAUUCUUCUAAAGAGCCAGCUGUGGAACUGAUAACGCUUCAUGAAAUUUUAGAGAUACUUAUAAACAAAUUAAUGAGCAAACCACAUGAACCCUAUGUGACAAUCAAUGACUCAUUUUGGCCACCUUAUAUUGAGCUGCUGCUGCGAUACGGAAUCGCCCUGAGACAUCCAGAGGAUCCAAGCAGACUGCGCCUGGAAGCAUUUCACAU